AUGAAUGUCUCUGGGGAUAAUGAUGCCUCUGGGAAACCUAAGAGAUGUGACCCGACCUCUGCAGAAGAGCAGCACACACUCAAAUCAAAUCUGAAGAAAAAGUUUCAAUAUUAUUUUGAAGAAAAUCAAGGAACCUCAAAACCUUUCAGUGAUAUCUACACAGAGCUCUACAUUAUCCAGGGUGAAAGUGAAGAAGUCAACAGUGAACAUGAGGUGAAACAGAUUAAGGCAGCAUCCAGGAGAACAGCAACAGAGGACACACCAAUUAAAUGCAAUGACAUAUUUAAACCCUUACCUGGACAAGACAAACCCAUCAAAACUGUGCUGACAACAGGAGUCACUGGCAUUGGAAAAACAGUCUCUGUGCAGAAGUUCAUUCUAGCAUGGGCUGAAGGGAAAGCCAAUCAAGAUAUCCACUUCAUAUUUCCACUUCCUUUCAGAGAACUGAAUUUGAUGAAGGACCAAAAACACAGUCUGUUGAGUUUACUUCAUGACCUUCCCAGUGAAAGCAAAGUAUUUGACAGCAAUCAGCAUAAAGCUCUUUUCAUCUUUGAUGGCCUGGACGAGUGUCGACUAUCUCUGGAUUUUCAGAGCAAUAAGAGUCUGUGUGAUGUAACAGAGUCAACAUCAGUGGAUGUGCUGCUGACAAAUCUCAUCCAGGGGAAUAUGCUUCCUUCUGCUCUCAUCUGGAUAACCUCCCAACCAGCAGCAGCCAAUCUAAUUCCUCCUCAAUAUGUUGACCAGGUCACUGAGAUACAAGGAUUCAGUGAUCCUCAGAAGGAGGACUAUUUCAGUAAGAGAAUUAGUGAUCAGAACCUGGCCAGCAGAAUCAUAUCACACAUGAAGUCUUCAAGAAGCCUGUACAUCAUGUGCGACAUUCCAGUGUUCUGUUGGAUUUCAGCCACUGUUCUAGAGAGAAUGUUGGGUGAAGCAGAGACAGGAGAGAUCCCCAAGACUCUGACGCAAAUGUACACACAUUAUCUUUUAAUUGAGACAGGUAAAGAAAUGAUUUUCAAAUUUGGGCGACUGGCUUUUCAGCAGCUGGGAAAAGGCAAAAUGAUCUUCUUUGAGGAAGACCUGAAAGAGUGUGGCAUUGACAUCAAAGAAGCAUCAGUGUGCUCUCAUUUGUGGACCCAGAUCUUUAGAGAGGAGUCAGGGCUUUACCUGGGGAAGGUGUAUUGCUUUGCACAUCAGAGUAUUCAUAAGUAUCUUGCAGCUCUUUAUGUAUAUCUGUCCUUUAUCAACAACAGUACAGAUGUACUUGGCCAAAGGGAAGACAUUAAACCUGCAGCUCAGUUCAAACAUUUGUCCAUGUAUGACUUAAACAUGAGUGCAGUGGAUCAGGCUUUGCAGAGUGAGAAUGGACACCUGGACCUUUUUCUCCGUUUCCUUCUGGGCCUCUCACUGGAAUCCAAUCAGAUUGUCCUACAGGGUCUACUGACACAGACAGAUAACAACUCAGAUGUCAAUAAUGAAACAAUCAAGUACAUCAGAAAGAAGAUCAGAGAGAAUCCACCCCCAGAGAAAUCCAUCAAUCUGUUCCACUGUCUGAAUGAACUGAAUGAUCAUUCUCUGAUGGAGGAAAUCCAGCAUUACCUCAAAUCUGAGAAUUUAGCCAAGUCAAAACUUUCACCUUCUCAGUGGUCAGCUGUUGUGUUUGUGUUACUGUCCUCAGACCAUGAGCUGGAUGUGUUUGAUCUGCGUAAUUACUCUGCCUUAAGACCAGAAACAUCACCUAUCGCACCAGAUGAAGUUCUUCUUAGGCUUCGGCGAGUGGUUGCCGCAUCCAAAAAAGCCAAGCUGAGUGGCUGUAAACUGACAGAGAAAAGUUGUACAGUUCUGGCCUCAGUUCUCAGCUCAAACUCCUCCAGGCUGAGAGAAUUGGACCUGAGUCUCAAUAAUCUGCAGGAUUCAGGUGUGAGGCUGCUCUCUACUGGACUGGAACGCAUUCGCUGUAAACUGGAAAUACUGAGGCUGGUAUACUGUGGAGUCACAGAUGAAGGCUGUGCUGCUCUGGCUUCAGCUCUGAAAUCAAACCCCUCACAACUCAGAGAGCUCAACCUGUAUGGAAACAAAAUAGGGGAGUCAGGAAAGAAGCUUCUCUUUGAUAUACAAGAUGACCCACAUUACAAACUGGAGAUAUUAUGGUUAAGUGCUUCUAAACUGACAGAUAGGAGUUGCAAUGUUCUGGCUUCAGUUCUCAGUUCCAAAUAUUCCACUCUGAGAGAGCUGGACCUCAGUGACAAUAAUCUAAAGGAUUCAGGAGUGGAGCUGCUCUCUGCUGGUCUGGAGAAUCCAAACUGUAAACUGGAGAUACUUGGGUUGUGGAACUGUAAAAUCACCGAGAAAAGUUGUGAAGUUCUGGCCAAGGCUUUCAGUACAGACUCCUCCAGACUGAAGGAGUUGAACCUGACUAACAAUAACCUGCAGGAUUCGGGAGUGAAGAUGCUCUCUACUGGACUGGAAAAACCACAGUGUAAACUGGAGAUAUUAAGGCUGGUAAACUGUGGUUUUACAGAUGAAGGUUGUGCUGCACUGGCUUCAGCUCUGAGAUCAAACCCCUCACACCUGAGAGAACUUUACCUGUAUGGGAACAAGAUAAGCAACCCAGGAAAGAAACCUCUGAUUGCUCUGAAGGAAGAUCUACAUAAUGAACUGGAGAAACUUGCAUGA